AUGGCAGAUAUUGAUUCCAAACCAUUACAUCCAAAAAAUAAAAUCCUCCUCUACAGUCGAUAUCUUCUGUCCAAAUUAUCCUGGCAUUUUACAGUUUCUAGCGUAUCGAAAACGUGGGUCACCGAAAACAUUGAUUCCAAAGUCAACAGUUAUAUCCGUAAAUGGCUUGAUAUACCUAUAUCUGGAACGCUAAGCACUGUUUUCCUAACCCGCAACAAGUUUGGCCUCAGUAUUUGUCCCCCAUCUGUCAAAUUUAUUCAAUGUCAAACUGUUCUCCGUAAAGCCCUAAAAACAUCCCCAAACGAAGCAAUUAACGAUCUUUGGAAAGCAACUAGCAACAGCAAAAAUAUUCA